CGCGCUAGAUCGCCGACUGAUGGCGUUGAUCGCGCUGUCGUAACCGUCCCUGAAAUGGUAUCCUUGCAUUUCGGAUAUUGUGGGGCAUUGUGGGGUGUUGCUUGCUUACAUUGAAAGUUUUGUGGCGCCAAUUGCGCUACUUUCGGAUUUUAUGCGUUUUAUUUGAUUAUUUUCAAGGAUGCCGGCGUUUUUGAAGCAUAUCGAAGUUGACAAUUUCAAAUCUUAUAAAGGAAAGCUUAUUAUCGGCCCGCUAAAGUCAUUUACGGCUGUAGUUGGCCCCAAUGGAUCCGGAAAGUCUAAUUUUAUGGAUGCCAUCAGUUUCGUCAUGGGUGAAAAGACUAGCAGUCUACGAGUCAAAAGAUUUAGCGAGCUGAUUCAUGGUGCAUCCAUUGGUAUGCCAGUAGCACGAAGUGCUUCAGUAACAGCUGUAUUUGAGUUAGAAAAUGGAACUGAAAAAAGCUUUAUGCGUUCAGUACAAGGUUCUUCUUCUGAACACAGAAUUAAUAAUAAUAUUGUUACGAACAUAUAUUAUAUGACUGAAUUGCGAGAAAUGGGUUUGGACGUAAAAGCAAAGAAUUUUUUGAUACCUCAAGGUUACAUCGCAUGUUUUGCAAUGAAAAAGCCGAAAGAUCUGACCGCAAUGUUUGAAAAGAUUACUAAUUCAAAUGAGUACAAAGCAGAUUAUGAUAGAUUAAAAUUAGAACUUUUGAACAUGACAGAAAAAAUAAAUUUUGAGAAUAAAUUGAAAAAACAGAUAUUAAUUCAAAAGAAAUACGCCAUUAUGGAAAAAGCAGAAACAGACAAAUAUUUAAAACUAAAAGAACAACAUAAUAAAUACAAAUUAAAAUAUCAAUUAGUUCUAUUGCUCCGUAUUAAGAGGAGAGUUGCAUUUUUACAAGAUAAGGAAAGAAAAAUCAAAUCGCAAAUAGAUCAGUAUCUACACAACAAGAAGAACAUGAUAAUUUUAUUGGAAGAUACAAAAUCGCAAUUUAAGUUAUUAUCCAGUUCCCUCGAAGAUAUUGAACAAGAUAUCCUGAAAAUGAAAAAUAUUAUUGAACAGAGGAAGACAGAACACAUUAUUUUCGAGGAUAAUAUUUUAUAUUGGCAGAAAAAACGUGAAAGCGCUCGCAUAUCUCUAGACUGUGCGAAUAAAGCGCGCGAUACUAACAAACGAAUCGUCCAAGAAUUAAAUAAUGAGUUAGAACGAAUAAACAAUGAAUUAACAGAAUUAAGAAAAGCGUCACAGACGAGCAUUAUAGAACUCAGUAACUCUCAGGUUAAACGUUACAUGGAAUUGACGAACGAAGUUGAAUUUCGAGCACAGAAUUCUGUAAAACAAAUAAAAAGCUUGAUGCAUGAUCAGCGAGAAGAUCAGGCUAAACUUGAUAAUGAAAAUAGAUGUAAAAAAGAAUUAGAGGACAAAGAAAAACAGAUGACAUUAAAGAAAGUGAAUCUCGAAACGCGAUUUACAAAAUUGCAAGAUUCAAGUACCAAAUCCAAAACAACUUUAAUGGAAAAAACAGCAAAAAUACAAGAAUUAAAUAAAAAAAUUACUGAAACAAGAAAUAAAUUGUUAAAUCUGGAGAAUGAUAUUGUACAGAUUACAGAGGAGUUUUCUGAGGCAGAUAUUGAUAAGAAUAAUAUUUUGCAUAGGAAUAAGAAAAAUGAAACAAUUAAUAUGUUGAAACAGAUUUACUCUGGCGUGUAUGGUCGCUUAUUUGAUUUAUGUAAGCCUAUUCAUUCACGUUAUAAUGUUGCUGUAACUAAGGUUUUUGGUCAAUAUAUAAAUGCCAUUGUCGUUGAUACCACGCGCACAGCAAUUCAGUGUAUUCAACUUUUAAAACGAGAUAAAAUAGACUUUGAAAUAUUUUUACCACUUGAUUCAAUAAAAAGUAUAAUUUUAAAUGAAAGAUUACGUGCUAUAGAAGAACCGCAAAAUGUUAAAUUAUUAUAUGAUGUAUUGAACAUUUCAUCAUCACAUAUAAAUAAUGCAGUUUUAUUUGUCACUAAAAAUACUCUAGUUUGCGAGACUAAUGAACAUGCAAAAAUGUUAGCAUAUCCUGAUGAUAAACAGGAAGCAUAUGAUUGUAUCUCAUUGGACGGAUGUUUUUAUCGUAAAAAUGGUCUAAUGUCUGGAGGAUUAGCUGAUUUAAUAGUAAAAGCAAAACAAUGGGACGAACAACGAAUACUAACAUUGAUGGAACAAAAGGCACAAUUAAUGCGAGAACUCAGAAAUUUACCUAAAAUUUCUCUUAUGCAAUCUGAAGUUGAUAUAAUUAAUAUAGAAAUUAAUGCACUCACACGCCAAAAUAAAUAUGUGGAAACAGAUAUAAAAGAUACUCUGACAAUAGUUGUAAUUGAUGACAAUAUGCAAAAAAGAAAUAAAGAAAUUAAAAAUAUGGAGAAAUAUAUUAAUUCAAUUAAGAAUGAAAUCUUUGUUGAUUUUUGUAACGAUAUUAAUGUGCCGGAUGUUAACUACUAUGAGAAAAAUAAUUUGCGAAUUUAUCAAGAAAAAAAAACGAGACAAUUAGAGCUUGAGCAACAAUAUAAUCGUAUCAAAGAUCAAUUGCGCUUCGAAAACGAGAACGAUAUAAAAAAUAAAGUAUUGAAAUGGCAACAAGCUGUAGAACAUGCUGAUACAGAAUGGAAUAAAGUGUGUCAGCAAGAACGUCAUGCAAAAAUUAAAGUUGAGCAAGAAGAAACAAAAAUGUCGAAGUUAAAGGACAAUUAUACAAAAGUAGCAAAGGAUUUGGAUAAUAUGACAAAAAAAUUAGCUGAAUACAAAUCGCAAAUUAGCGUUAAUGGAAAAUUAUAUUUGGAGGGUCAGAAGGCACACAUUGCUGUACAGAGAAAAAUACGACAGAUAAAAAUAGAAUGCAACAUUAUACUUAAAGAAUGCAAGAUGGAAGAUAUUAGUAUUCCAAUGUCAGAAACACAUUGUAGAUUAGAAGAAAGCGUUUUUACAAGUAGCUCAAGUUCAAAUAUAGAAUCGUCAGGAGAUUGUGAAGUAUUAACAAAAAUUGAUUUCUCGCAAUUUCCUGAAGAAAUCUGCAAUUUUACAAAUGAAAAAUUGCGAGACAUGGCACUUCAAUUUAUUGAGAAGAUUACGAAAAUUGAGAAUGAAUUUGAUGAUUUAGUAAAUCUUAAAAUUGAUGAAAAGAUUGAUAUUAUAAAGCAGCGGAUGCAAAAAAUAAAUACGAAUCUUCGAAACUACCGUGAUAAAUACGAUGAAAUAAAAAUGCAAUUUGAAUCAAAUUUGGUUAAUAACACAUCGGCUCAAGCAAUUAUCUUACCAGAUAAUCUCGAGGAACCAUAUGCAGGCAAUAUAAUUUAUAACUGCAUAGCACCGCAUAAAGGUUUUCAACCAUUGCAAUACUUAUCUGAUGGAGAAAAGUCAAUGGCUAGUUUGGCAUUAUUAUUUGCAAUUCAACGUUAUAGACAAAUUCCGUUUUUCAUUAUGGACGAAGGUGACGCGGCAUUAGAUAAAGUGAAUAUUAAGAAUAUCGUUUCUUUUAUUCGGUCUCAAGAAACUCUUAUGCAAUUCAUCAUGAUAUCUUUACAUAAAGAAUUAUAUCGUAAUUCUGAUGCACUUGUAGGAGUUACUGUUGAAAAGGACUUCACGAUGAGAGGACGGGCUUUAGAGCUGAUCACGGGAUUUCUCGUGGUUCAGUUGCUGUUGCCUUUGCCGGAUCAAGUGAACGCCAUGAAAAACAGACUAAGGAAACAACGCUCCAAACCGCAAGAGCAUCAGCAAUCUAGCAACGAUUAUGAAUAUGAUUAUAACUACGAGAACUACGACGAAUACGAUGAAAAAAACGAAUUAAAAAAAUCAAAUUCUAUAAGAAAUAGUGAUUGUUAGUUUUUUCAGGUUUUACCUACGGAGAUUUUACCAAGUGAAAGUAACAUAUAUAGUUCUGUGGCUAUACCAGGACCACGAGGUUCACCUGGUCGACCUGGAGAUGAUGGUCGUCCUGGCGAUUCAGGAUUUCCUGGACAACCUGGUACGCCUGGGAUCCCAGGGCCACCUGGACCUCCAGGACCUGUACCUGAUGUAUCUCUUUAUUAUCAACAACUGGCUUUGUCUCAAGCAAAUGAAGAUAAAGGUCCAUCCGGAGCGGCAUCAUUGUACGGACCAGAGGCAUUAUCUUACAUUCAAACACAAGUAGGCCCGAUGGGUCCGCGAGGUCCUCCAGGUCCAUCUGGUCCUCCUGGUCCUCAAGGUUUUCAAGGUACACGAGGUGAAACCGGUGAACUGGGUUCUCCAGGCCCUCCUGGUAUGCCAGGUCCUAGGGGUUUACCAGGAUUGCCUGGAAAAGACGGUAUUAGUGGAGAAGAUGGUGAAACUGGUCCAUCAGGAUCGCCUGGUGCUAUGGGACAACGUGGUCUUCCAGGAAUACCUGGGCUUCCAGGAUUGAAAGGUCACCGUGGUUUUCCAGGUCUAGAUGGUGUCAAAGGUGAGCAAGGAACUUCUGGUGAAAAAGGAUCUAUGGGUUCGCCUGGGCCGAUGGGACCAGUAGGACCGAUGGGUCCAGCUGGACCUCGCGGUGAAAGAGGUAGAGAAGGUCCGUCGGGACCUCCUGGGUUGAGAGGCCUCGAUGGAAUUGCUGGGCCACCUGGGCAACCCGGUGUUAUAGGCAAACCUGGCUCACCAGGUUUUCCAGGCAAUCCUGGAGUUAAGGGUGAUCAAGGAUUGCAAGGAUCGACAGGAAACCAAUUAAUAUUUUAUAACAAAGGCGAAAGUGGCCGUCCAGGACAACCUGGUGAAACUGGUCCACAAGGUCCUCAAGGCAAAGAUGGAAUUCCGGGUGAGAAAGGAGCCACUGGAGCAAUAGGACCCGUUGGUAUGAUCGGGUUUCCGGGUGCUCGAGGUCAACCUGGAACACCGGGUAAUCCUGGUAUCCCUGGCGCCAAAGGAGCACCUGGCCUUCCUGGUGAUAGAGGUUUGAAAGGAGAUACUGGAGUGAAAGGUGAUGCAGGAAUGCCUGGUCCGCGUGGACUUCCGGGAUCUCCUGGGAAUGAGGGCAAAAGAGGUAAAAGGGGUAUGCAAGGGCCAAUCGGCUCUGUAGGACCUCCUGGAGAACGCGGCGUAUCUGGAGAACGUGGUUUUCCUGGAUCAGAUGGUCCCAUCGGGCCUCAAGGGCAACCUGGUGAUCGUGGUCCUCCAGGAGCUAUUGGAUCAAAAGGUGCUACUGGAGAUCCUGGACGACCUGGACCAGCAGGAUUACAGGGUGCACGUGGUUUAAUGGGUAGGCCCGGAGCCACCGGGAAACCAGGUAAUCCUGGGGAACGUGGAAUUCAAGGUGCGGAUGGCAAGCCUGGAGAACAGGGACUACCUGGUCUGCAGGGUCUACCAGGACCAAUAGGAUCACCAGGAGAAAGAGGAUAUUCUGGAGAACGUGGAAAAGAUGGUGAGCCUGGCAAUCCAGGUUCACCUGGUCCAAGAGGAGAUACUGGUAAAGAAGGACCUCCAGGAGUAGCGGGUCCACCAGGCCCAUCAGGAAGCGACGGCGCACGAGGUCUUCCGGGGCCCACUGGCUCUAGAGGUUUUCAAGGUCUUCCAGGUGCCGCAGGUAAUCCGGGUGUUCCAGGCAAGGACGGAGAAGCAGGAGUACAAGGACAUCCCGGUCCGCCGGGAAUGGUCGGCGAUAGAGGCGAGCGAGGAUUUCCGGGAGAAAGAGGACUUAUUGGACCUCCAGGACCUAUGGGACCUAGAGGAGAAACCGGAACACAAGGCUCUGACGGUCUUAUUGACUUCCUGGUGCGAGAGGAUUACCCGGAGAACCUGGACAGAAAGGAGAAAGGGGCACAAUCGGACCAAUUGGACCCGAAGGUCCCUCAGAAUAGACACAUUGGAGAGCGUGGUCCACAAGGAGAAAUUGGACCUCCUGGCUCUCCUGGAGAACCAGCUGAACGAGGUGAUCCAGGUCUUCCUGGUCUCAUUGGUGAGCCUGGAGCUCCUGGUAAUCCAGGAGAAAGAGGACCUCAUGGAUUACAGGGCUCACAAGGUUUUCCAGGCCCACAAGGGUUAAUCGGACUUCCGGGCCUGAAAGGUGAUCGUGGAUAUCCGGGUUUAAAGGGAGAACAAGGAAAUCCGGGAUUACCUGGUAGUCACGGCGAGAUUGGAGCACCUGGACCUAUUGGAGUUACUGGUGUUAAGGGAAUCAGAGGUGAUCCUGGAGUACGAGGUGAACCUGGUUUAAUGGGCCCACCUGGUAUUAUAGGACAUGUUGGACCAUCAGGACCACCUGGAAAUAUAGGACCAUCUGGUGCUCCUGGAUUGCCUGGUGUCAAAGGUGAUGCGGGCGAUACUGGACGUCCUGGAAAUCCAGGUCCAAUCGGUAACCCUGGUCUACCUGGAAUCGAUGGAAUUAAAGGCGAAAGUGGAUCUCCAGGCUCUCAAGGACUAACAGGUUCUCAAGGACCUCAAGGUCCGCCUGGCGAAAGAGGUUUACCGGGCCUACCUGGUUCCCCUGGUCCUAUAGGGAAUAGAGGAUUACGCGGAGCUCCCGGUGAAAUAGGACAACCUGGAAAAACAGGAGUGGAAGGUCCGCCUGGACCUCCUGGAUUAAUAGGUUCUCCAGGUACUCCAGGUCAUACAGGAGAAAUAGGACCGGAAGGACCAAUUGGAAAACCAGGUCCACCAGGUAUAGGAGGUCGACCAGGUGAUAAGGGACCACCUGGAGUACCUGGUGCUGCAGGACCAUCAGGUCCUCCUGGAUUAUCUGGACCACCUGGACCUACCGGACCUACCGGACUUACUGGAGAACGUGGUCCGAAAGGUGAAACAGGGCCGCAAGGUGUAGAAGGUCCACAGGGGCCACGAGGAAAACCCGGCCCAGCAGGUCUUGAAGGUAUAAAAGGGGAUCGCGGAGAAGAGGGACAAAAAGGAGCUAAAGGACAUCGGGGAUUUACUGGUUUACAAGGAUUACCUGGAUCUCCUGGUUUAAUAGGAGAAAAAGGUAUACCUGGUCUACCAGGACUUCCUGGUAAAGACGGAGAACCAGGUAUUAGAGGUAAUCCUGGACGAGAAGGCAAUCCUGGUCCUAUCGGACCUGUGGGAAAUCCUGGAUCAAGAGGUCCACCUGGGGAAGAAGGUCGCCAAGGAUCACCGGGUCUUCCAGGACCUCCUGGACCACCUGGUCCUCCUGGAGAAGUGGGUUUCGGUUACGAUGCAGCGUCUUUAGCAGCAUUUAUAGGACAAGGCCAAACCAAAGGACCAGAUCCACUUGGAGAUGAACCACCAAGAAUAUUUAGUAAAGAUAUCACUGAAAAGGAACGAAGAGAAUUACUUUUGAAAGCGUACGAAAAUUUAAAAUUGUCGUUCCAAAAAUUGAUGAAACCGGAUGGUGAAAAGAAUUCGCCUGCUAAAACUUGUCGAGAUCUAUUUGCCGCUUACCCGGACAAAUUAUCUGGCGAGUAUUGGAUUGAUCCAAAUGAAGGAGAUAUUCGAGACGCGAUCUUAGUGUAUUGCGAUGCUGAGAAACGUGCAACUUGCAUUUUACCAAAUCCGUCGCGUUCACCAGAAAUCACUCACAUCACUGAUCAACAGGAAACUUGGUUGAGUGAGAUAGAUAACGGCAUGAAGAUUACAUAUAAGGCAGAUAGUAAUCAAAUCGGUUUCUUGCAAUUGCUCUCGAAACAUGCGAAUCAGAACAUCACGUAUCAUUGUAAAAAUAGCGUGGCUUACUUUGAUUACGAAAAGAAAACAUAUAAAAGAGGCUUAAAGCUUUUAGCUUGGAACGAUAUUGAAUUAAUACCGCGAGGUAAUCAGCGUCUUAGAUAUGAAAUGAUAAUGGAUGAAUGCAGGGUUUAUCGAAACAAAUGGGGUAAAACUGUUGUUUCGUACGAAACGGAUAAACCCGUAAGACUUCCUAUAUUAGACGUGGCUCUACGAGAUAUUGGAAAACCCGAACAGAGUUUUUCUAUUGAGAUCGGUCCAACUUGUUAUGCUUAAAACAAA